AUGAGCGGCAGGAAUCCGUACGCAACGAAUAAUGGCUACUCUAACUCAAAUGCGCCUGGGCGCUAUGGCAACCUCUAUGCACAAGACAACAAUUCCUCAACCAGCUCUGUGAAUGGCUACAGUACCCGUGAGCGAAGACCUGGAGGCUAUGGGGGAUUAGGACUCGAAGCGAACGAAGAGAGCCCUCAACCACCCGUAAGCCGCACGAGAUAUGGAUUCGAACAGGGUGCUGGAUACAGAAGAAGACCUGCGCAGGAUAGCAGAGAUCGGGACUAUAGUGACUCGAGUAGGAGCAGAGACAGAGCAGCACCGAGCACAAACGGAGUUCCAGCAGCAACCGCAUAUUCCAGCAGAAGGGGUCAAGGGAGCAUGGAAGAUGUGUUAAAGUACAUUCAGUCAGAAUGGCCAUUCAUGGGUGGAGAAGAAUGCAUCCCUGUACAAGUCGCUCUACAACUCUCCGAUCCGAGCACCCUUGGCCUUGCAACGCGUGAGCCAGAGUUCCAACGGGCACAUUUCGAUCUACAGAAAGCACUCAAGUCCAUUGUCAAUGAACACCACCAAGAUUUCAACAGCUCCAUUGGGACGUAUCAUAAGAUUCAAGCAAGUAUCCAGAAUUCUCAGUCCCGAGUUCGAUACCUGAAAACUGCUCUUGGGGAGGCAAAGGGAGGCUUGCUCACCACCAAACCAGAGCUCAAAGGCCUUGCCACGUCCUCACAAGCUUUCGAUGAUUCCUUGCAGUUGUUCACCCAGAUCGAGAGCAUUCAAGCCGUACCAGAACAACUCGAAGGCCGAAUUACCGAAAAGCGCUUUCUUACCGCCGUAGAUGUAUUGCAAGAGGCACUCCGCCUUGUCCGGAAGUCAGAAUUUGACGGCAUUGGAGCGAUGACAGACCUGCGGACAUAUUUCACCAAUCAAGAGCAGUCUCUAACGGACAUCCUGAUCGAAGAGCUCCAUGAUCAUUUGUAUCUGAAAUCACCCUACUGCCAUGAUCGCUGGAAAAGCAGAACGAUAGAGGGCGAGGAGAAAGACUCGCUAUCUACGCUGCCCACAAGCGCGGUAAAUCCUUGGGAUAAACCAGUUUAUCAAUUUCUUGCAUCACUCAACACUUCUACACCAAUGAUCGAGGAUGCAUCAAGGAAUCCAGAAGCUGACACCUUCUAUUACAUUCACAUGAUCAUUGAGACACUAAACAAAUUAGGCCACCUUGAUACGGCCGUCAACCGUAUUGAGCAGAGACUUCCAGUAGAGCUAUUCAAGGUAGUUGAGAAGACCAACAAUGAGAUUGACGCCCGAUAUCCGGGGGAAGCUCGAGGCCUAGCAGACAGGGAGAAGAAGCGAAUAGCUACCCCGACGGAUACACACUAUGGUCGUGGUGCUGUGCUCUCCGAUUUCCUUUGGACAGUGUUUGCCAAAUUCGAGGCCAUCGCUGAGGGUCAUCGGGUGGUACAUGAUGUUGUUUGGGGCAUCGUGGGACGCGAGAAAUUGCCCAAAGCCGCCAGAUACACGGGAGGCUUCAAGGAGCUGUGGAAGCUUUACCAAAGCGAGAUACGAUCUUUGCUACAUGAUUAUCUGGCGACUGAUGGUGACACUACCCUUCACUCUGGGUUUUCAACCACCGAUAGCGUGGAUGUCUUCGGUCGGAAGAGGGACAAGAACAAACGGAUGUUCAGGCUUGCCGAGAUGGAUCCAAUGUCGCCAGAUAUACAGGGCGAACAGGAAGAUCUGGAUGAAAUUUUGAAAUCCUCUGUACCUGGUCUGAUAUCCAAGACUCGAGCCAAAGCUGGUAUGACCAGCGAUGCUCCCAGAACCGUGCAAGAAAGUACUGCCGCCGGGCACAAGCUGCUCAUCGAACCCAGCGCCUUCAACGUCACACUAAUGCUCCCACCUUCUCUGUCGUUCUUGCAAAGGCUAAAGGAGAUAGUACCUUCGAAUGCGGAUAUCCCCAUAAGCACCCUAACCUCUUUCCUCGACGACUUCCUGGUCAAUGUGUUUCAUCCGCAAUUGGAGGAGACCGUUUCUGAGCUUUGUACCAAGUGCAUCAUAGACCUUGAAGCUUUCACCGAGGAUCCGCAGUGGUCGAAGCAUUCCCCGCGACCAAUCUUCAAGGGAACUGUCGCGUUCAUGUCUUUGAUACGAUCCUUUUCGUCCAUGCUUGAUUCUAUCCCACAAGACCAAAUUUUUACUCAGUUAAUCAUCACGCAGCUCGUGAUGUACUUUGACAAGUGCUUUGGCUGGUACAAAGUACUAACGUCACGGUUGUCCGGGCCAGGACAAAAUACUCCUUCGACGAAAGCUGCAGCCGCAUUUGCGCGAGAAGGUGAAGUGCAUGAAAUCACCACGAAACUACUGGACGACAGCGGCGACUCGACAGCACGGUCUUCACUGGUUGACCACGAAAUCCAAGCUCUACUUUCUGCAACAAGGGCCAACCCUCUUUCGGCUUAUGAUAUCAUCUCCGAUCCCAAAUCAGUUGCUUCGCUCUCCUUGCUGUACAACAGCAUGCAGUGGCUUUCUGCAUCUCUCGCUCGCCUUCGUCAUGUCGAGGCUGCCUCAAGCAUGCAUCCGUCCUCAUCAUCCAAAGUCCGUCGCUGGACUCUUGUAGCUUCUUUGAGGCCAACCCACGGUCGUUCGAAAUCGAAUGGAGGGAACAGCACUCCUGCAUAUCUGCCCAUGACGACAGAAAGUGUGAUACCGUUUGAUAAGACACUGCAAGAGUUUCGUGAGCUGGCAAAAGUUGCUUUACUAACCCUCCACAUCGAUGUUCGCUGCGGCGUGAUUCACCAAAUGACACGAUCCCUUCGAGGCCCCAAUGCCCCACCUAUCGAUCAAGCUCCAGAACCUCCCCCGCGCGACUCUGCAGCUCUAGCGAAAACCGACUCUGGAUUAUAUCAUUGGAUCUUGCAACAGCCGCCAUCGGCUGCUAGUGCCUUGAUCCUCGAGCUCAACAAUCAUCUCAUUUCCUUCGACACGAAUGCCAGCGCGUAUCUGGGGUCCAAGGAGCGCAAAUUCAUCACACGAGGACUGGGGAGACUGAUCGAUCGUAUACUCGUCGCCGACGCUGACCGAAUCGAAGUCAUGAACGCGUACGGUGCGCAGCGAAUGGGCUUGGAUAUACUGGUCCUUCAGCAGAAUUUACGCAACAUUGCCAUCACGGCGUCAUCUACACCGGGGUCCGACAUCAUCUCCGUCGACCGAGAUGCAGGAGAGGAUGCGGAUGUGCUUUUGCAGAAAUCAGCACAAUUCUACGAUCUGUUCUUGCAAGGUGCUGCGAAGGUAGUUGAUUAUGCCAGGGCUGCUAAGAGCAGAGGUGAUCCUGUCGGCUACUCAUAUGAUGAGCUGAAGGUUCUGGUUGAGCUUUGCUACUCGGAGGGAUUGAGAUCAGCAGAGAGAGAGGAGAACUUGAAGGCGAAGAAGGGCUUGCAGGAUAGUCUGCUGGGGUUGGGAGAGGUCAUGUGGGACUCUUGA